ACCGCGCGAGAGAACGGAUCGGAGCAGACAAAGCAAUAUGCUUUCAUCCAAAUCAGUCCCUGUUUUUGUCGUAUUAUCUUUUAUUGCGCUGGGAAAUGCAGCAUUAGCCAGCAAAGCAAUCGAUUGUGUGAAUGGAAAGCGUGAUCCGGAAGCGUUAAUUUGGCUAGGAACGAUUCGGUAUACCACAAAAAACAGCCGACUGUAUCCCUGCUCUGGCGUUGCUAUCACCACUCGCCACAUCCUUACGCCGGCGCACUGUGUGAUCUGGAAGCAGCAAAAAAACUACAUCUACAGGAGUGGAGAGUUCAGGACACACAACAUCAUGGGCAUUUUCAUUCAUCCGAAAUACACUUUGGACCGCUCCGACAACGAUAUCGCUAUACUAAAGCUCGGAGACGGUCCUGUGCUGUCAUCCUGCCUCUCUCUAGCUGAGGAGGUGGAGGACGUUUCCCUGACUGCCCGGCGCUUCGAUGUGGUGACCACCGCUCUGGGUCCAAGUGGCACAAAGAGUCAUCGAACAACUAAAAUUACGAGUCAUGCCUACUGCCAGCGCAAAUUUGAAGGUCUGACCAUAACGGAGCUUGAGGUGUGCGCACACAUCCCGACAGACAGCCCGGCAUUGAUGGGCUCGGCACUGGUGGGCAGGAAUAUGGAGAACGGAACUGAGGCAUGGAAGCUUUUGGGGAUUUCCACGCAUGGCUUGGCCGAAAGCAAUCCGCACAUGCCGACCCUAUUCACUCUCAUUUCAGCGUACAGGAAGUGGAUUGAAGAGAUAAUUAAUUUGUAAUCACACCAAGUACGAGUAAACAAGAAAAGAAAAGAAAGGAAAAUGGAAAUAUUUUUAUUUAAAUGGAUCGAUGAAUCAUAAUCAGCAACGCUGAGACGACUGCAAGUGAGGCAAUCAAUUCAGAUGUAUAUGCAGUCUUUGUUGAGUCGACGCCCUACCCACAGCUCCCAACGAAAUGCCGGGACAGAGGGUAUUUGUAUUUGUGAACUGUAUUGUUAUAUCCGCGCUAACUAUUGCGGCAAUGUGUAGAGAGGAGGCCUGUGGAAGACUGGAUGAGGGGCAGCUCUACACUAACAAGGCGCAAGCCGAGCAGGAUGAGCACCCAUGGCUGGGUCGUAUUGUCUUUAAGAACAGGAAUGAUUCGAAGCAGGAAGCAUUCGUAUAUCACUGCGUUGCCGUGCUCCUUAAUGCCCGGCAUGUCUUGGCACCCGCCAGCUGUUUCGGAGGCAAAAAUGUGAACGAAUACACCUAUGCGGUUAUGUUCGACUCCUCCGACUGUGAGUCCAGCGCACACACCAGAAUGUUCAUGAUUGAAAAUAUUAUUAUGCAUCCUGACUACAAGAACGACACCCUUGGCGAUGAUCUGGCUGUUAUCAGACUGGAUCGCGAUGUGUCCUUCUCUGUCUUUCUUCAGCCCAUUUGCAUUCCGCAGUCCUGGGAAGGACCAACGACUUUACUUGCAGCUAACGUGGACAUGAUUGGCUAUGAGAUGGGGAAGAAUAUGAACAGCCGCCGCAUCAAGGCUUAUGCGCACAUCAUCGAUCCGCAGUUGUGUGUGGAACGAUACCCGGGAAUCACGGAGCGUCACAUGUGUGGAUACAUCAAUGGGGCGGACCUGCAGCUUGGCUCGAUUUUAAUAGGCGUUCGUGUGGAGAAAGGUGUUCCAACAAAUUACUAUCUUAUCGGAAAUUUAAUGGCCAAGUACGAAAUAUUUAUAUCAGCGCCAUACCUGUUCACGUGUAUUGCCCCUUACAGGGCUUGGAUUUUGGAUAAUAUUCAUCCCAUUUGAUUUUAUAAAUUAUUUCUCAAUUUGUGUUGUUGCUUGAAAACCUGUGAGCAUAAAAACAUCAUAAAGAGCAUAGUCUGAGCGCACUUCUUUGUGUAUUUUUUUUUUUUAAUUUCGAUAAAUUUCAAA